AUGGCAGGAGAUGGAGAGGCCGAGGCCGACGCUGUGGACAGGGAAAGGGUGCAGAGGCCGCAAAGGUCCCAGGCACCGGCACCGGGCACGCAGCUGACAGUGACCCUCGCAGACGCUGUCCGCGGCCUAGGGCUCCUGCACGAGUCAGUCACCCUCACGCGGUCACCCCCUCGCAGUUACCCGCAGAGAGACGGAGGGCCAGGCGCAGGACAGGUGGAAUCCAAAGAGCCCGGAGAGGCGGGCAGCGGAGAGGACGGAGAGUUGGGCGAUGACAGCAUGGCCAGCGGCAGCCUCGGCAGCCCCAGAGCCCGGGCGUGCAAGAGGGCGGAGACCGCAGCGGCCCGAGGAGACCUCUGUUUUUGCCAUGUCUGCAUUCCACAACCAUGGAGACUGCAGGGCAGUGCAGCCCUGAAUGAGCAGAUGCAUGCACUGCUGGCCAUCUCCCUCACCAUGUACCCUAGGAGGAUCGAUGAGCUGCGGGAGAAGUAUGGUGACAAGAUGCUGUGCAUGCAGAAAGGUGACCCGCAGGUCUACAAGGAGCUCUUCAGCUAUUCCUGCCUCAAGUUCCUGUUGCCUGUGGUGCCCAACUACGACAAUGUGCACCCCAACUACCACAAAAAGCCCUUCCUGCAGCAGUUUAAGGUGUUCUCUGAUGAGGAGCAGCAGCAGGCCCAGCUCUCCACCAUCCGCAGCUUCCUCAAGCUCUACACCACCAUGCCCGUGGCCAAGCUGGCUGGCUUCCUGGACCUCACCGAGCAGGAGUUCCGCAUCCAGCUCCUUGUCUUCAAGCACAAGAUGAAGAACCUGGUGUGGACCAGUGGUAUCUCUGCCCUGGAUGGCGAGUUCCAGUCUGCCUCGGAGGUUGACUUCUACAUUGAUAAGGACAUGAUCCACAUUGCAGACCCCAAAGUCUCCAAGCGCUACAGGGAUUUCUUCAUCCGUCAGAUCCACAAGUUUGAAGAGCUUAACCGAACCCUGAAGAAGAUGGGACAGAGACCCUGAGGACAUUCACAGUGAUCAGUCUGGGACCUCUUUUGACCUUAUAGGUGGGA